GAGAGAGAGAGAGAAACAACAAGGUUUGGAGUGAAACAGAGGGAGGGGCAAAAUGGGGAAUUCAUUUGGGUGCUCGGCGUCCGGCGAGAGGCUGGUAUCGGCGGCGAGAGAUGGGGAUGUGAUUGAAGCCAAGAUGUUAUUGGACUGCAAUCCCUGCCUUGCCAAGUACUCAACCUUUGGAGGGCUCAACUCUCCUCUCCAUUUCGCCGCCGCUAAAGGCCACAACGAGAUUGUUUCGUUGCUUCUGGAGAAUGGAGCUGAUGUCAACUCUAGAAAUUACUGUGGCCAGACAGCGUUGAUGCAAGCCUGUCGGUAUGGACACUGGGAAGUUUUGCAAACGCUCCUGCUCUUUAGGUGCAAUGUUACGAGAGCAGACUACCUUACUGGCAGAACAGCUCUUCAUUUUGCUGCUGUAAAUGGACAUGUGAGAUGUAUAAGACUUGUCGUAGCGGACUUUGUUCCUAGUGUUCCUUACGAAGCUCUGAAUUCACAGAUCGAUAGUUACAGAGGUGAUGGAGCAAAUGCGACGAGUAAACCUGAGCAAAGUGCUCUGUCGAAGUUUGUAAAUAAGGUAGCAGAUUGUGGCAUUACCGCUCUUCAUAUGGCUGCAUUGAACGGGUAUUUUGAUUGCGUACAGCUCCUACUUGAUCUUCAUGCAAAUGUGGCAGCCGUGACAUUUCAUUAUGGAACAUCUAUGGAUUUAAUAGGAGCUGGUAGUUCUCCAUUGCACUACGCUGCUUGUGGGGGUAACUUAAAAUGCUGUCAGAUCCUCCUUGCAAGAGGUGCUAGCAGGACGACUUUAAAUUGCAAUGGGUGGCUUCCUCUUGAUGUUGCCAGAAUGUGGGGGCGCCACUGGCUUGAACCACUGCUAGCACCGAAUUCCGACACAAUAAUACCGGCAUUCCCCCUUUCUAAUUACCUGUCACUGCCUCUCAUGAGCAUACUGAACGUAGCAAGAGAGUGUGGAUUCAAGUCUGGGACAACCUCAAUUGAUGAGGCUGAUAAUUGCGCUGUCUGCCUGGAAAGAGCAUGUUUUGUUGCUGCAGAAGGAUGUAAGCAUGAGCUUUGUGUUAGAUGUGCACUCUAUCUCUGCUCAACAAGCAACAUCCCUACGGAAAUGGUAGGCCCACCAGGGUCCAUCCCGUGCCCUUUUUGUAGGCAUGGAAUCAUCUCGUUUGUAAAGUUGCCUGGUUCCCCAGCAAAGGAAAACAAAAUACCAAUGUCACUGGGCCUCUGUAACCCAUGCAUGCUUCAUCGUGACCCCUACCGUGAAUCUCCAGCUUCUGCUCCAGAGAUAAAAAAGAACCGUGUAGCUUCAGUUUCUUCGGAACUACUCUGCCCAGUCACUUGUAGUCCAUUUCCUUCUGUCGCCAUUCCAUUGUGCACUUGCAAUGAUGGUCCAUGCCCACCAUUUGAAUCACGGAAUGCAGAAACUCAAGAUGACUUUCCUGGUUCACAAGCGACAUCAACUGACCAGAGUAAAUUGGAAGGGCCAAGGCUUGAAAAAACAAGCUGUUCAAGCAUGUUCUGGAGCAGAAGAAGUUGCAGCAGGGAGCAUCAGUGCAAUGCUGAGAUAAACGCUUGACAAGUUCGGUUGUGAUUGCACCUAAACUUCUCAUGUGCCAGUAAAAAGGAAAUUUUGUUUCGCAGUAGUGUCGUCUGUUUCGUCUGUAUGUUUAACUCCUAUUGUAUGCAAACCCGUGUUUGCUUCCGGUUUUUUAGUUCAGGUGGCUAGCAUGGUGGAAUUUGGGUGUGGCCGUGUGGGAACUGUCAUCACCCUUCCGGUUCCAGAUUGCUUAUGUGUUAUUUAAGAGGGCUGUAAAAUUUGGGUGGGGGAUUAUACAUUGGUUGUAAUUGUGUAAAAGAAAGAAAGAAUGAAUCUUUUUUCACUGUAUU